GCAGCGCGCUUCUCGUCCCCACAUCUGCUUCUGCUACCUCCAAAUAAGAGCAGCGGCGCGGAGCAGCACCAGCUAGCGGCCCUCGAGAGCCCCGACAACAGUGUCAAGGUCUGAUUCUGCAAUGGGAUGUAGUCCCUCUUGGAUGAGUGAAGAAAAGAGGGAAGACCAGUGCAAGUUUCUGUUGAAAAAUACAUAUUAACACAAGUCUUGUGAAGAGAAAGCAAGCGGCCUGAAACUGCAGCGCUUUUCCUAUAAACCGAAAUGUCGGAUGUUACCUCAGCUACUUCAACCCCUCCUCAGACUGGUAACCCCCCACCUCCUGAGGUGACAAACCCCACUAAACCCGGCCGUAAGACGAAUCAGCUCCAGUACAUGCAAAAUGUAGUGGUGAAGACUCUGUGGAGGCAUCAGUUUGCAUGGCCUUUCUACCAACCUGUUGAUGCUAUUAAGCUGGGACUGCCGGACUAUCACAAGAUAAUAAAGAGUCCAAUGGAUAUGGGUACCAUCAAGAAAAGGUUGGAGAAUGUGUUCUACUGGAGUGCCAGCGAGUGCAUGCAAGACUUCAACACAAUGUUUACUAACUGUUACAUCUACAACAAGCCAACAGAUGACAUUGUCUUAAUGGCUCAAGCCUUGGAGAAGAUCUUCCUGCAGAAAGUGGCCUUGAUGCCUCAGGAGGAGGUGGAGUUGCUUCCUCCGGCCCCUAAAGGCAAGGGCCGUAAAGGAGGACCAGGUCAGCAGGAAGUGUCCCCUGGAUCUCCAGCCUCAGCGUUUCCAGGUGCCACAUCACCAGGCCCGCAGACGCCAGUCAUCUCCUCUCCUGCAGUGCCCACCAUCACCCCCACCACACCCGCUGUAAAGAACACGACCGCUGCCUCAAUCAUGCCUGCCAUGCCCCCUUCGCAACCUGUUAUCAAAAAGAAAGGGGUCAAGAGGAAAGCAGACACCACCACCCCUACCACGUCUGCAAUCACAGCCAGCAGAAGUGAAUCUCCACCUCCUCUUUGCGAAGGCAAGCAAGGCAAGGUGGGCUCUCGGAGGGAAAGCACCGGGCGCCCAAUCAAACCUCCCAAGAAGGACUUUGAGGACGGAGAGGGCGGCCCGCUUGGAGGCAAACGUGGCCGGCUAAACGAACAUCUCAAACAUUGCGACGUCAUCCUGAAAGAAAUGCUUUCCAAAAAGCAUGCUGCGUAUGCCUGGCCCUUCUACAAGCCUGUCGACGCUGAGGCACUUGAACUUCAUGAUUACCACGACAUUAUCAAACAUCCUAUGGACCUAAGUACAGUCAAAAAAAAGAUGGACAGUCGGGAAUACCAGGAUGCACAGAACUUUGCUGCAGAUGUACGAUUAAUGUUUUCAAAUUGUUAUAAAUACAACCCACCAGAUCAUGAGGUCGUAGCCAUGGCACGAAAGCUACAAGACGUGUUUGAGAUGCGUUUUGCGAAGAUGCCGGAUGAGCCGGUGGAGGUGAAUGUGCCUGCGGGUGCUGGUGGGGCCGGUGUGGUCAGUAAGAGCACUGCAAGCAGCGAGAGUAGCGGCUCCUCCACCUCUGACAGCUCCGACUCUGAGGAGGAGAGAGCUACGCGGCUUGCUGAGCUGCAGGAACAGGUGGGUGCGGAACAGCUGAAAGCCGUCCAUGAGCAGCUAGCUGCUCUCUCGCAGGCUCCCGUCAGUAAACCAAAGAAGAAGAAAGAGAGAAAGGACAAAGACAAGAAGAAGAAAGAAAACAAGCACAACAAAGCCAAACCUGAGGAUGACAAAAAGGCCAAGACAGGGCAGCCUGUAAAACAGGCCCAGCAGAAGAAGGGCCCGGCCAGGAAAGCCAACAGCACAGUCCCUGGCAACAGGCAACCAAAGAAGGGAGCCAGAGGAGGCCCAGGUUACGAGUCGGACGAUGAGGACUCGGCGCUGCCCAUGACGUAUGACGAGAAGCGACAGUUAAGCCUGGAUAUCAACCGGUUGCCAGGAGAGAAGCUGGGCAGGGUGGUGCACAUCAUCCAGUCCAGAGAGCCCUCGCUUCGGGACUCCAACCCUGAUGAGAUUGAGAUCGACUUCGAGACGCUCAAACCCUCCACCCUGCGCGAGCUGGAGCGAUACGUCAAGUCCUGUUUACAGAAGAAACAGAGAAAACCUUUACAAAAAGGCGGCUCGGGCCCGUCUCGGCUCAGCGGCAGCAGCAGUUCUUCAGACUCGGGCAGCAGCAGCUCCAGCGGCUCCACCUCAGACAGCAGUGACUCCGACUGAUCCUUUUUAUUUACAUUUUUACUUCCUUUUUUUAAUGUUGUAUGCAGUCAUGGUUGUUUCUCUGAGACUUUUUAUAAGAGGAAAAAAGAAACAAUGAAAAAUGCAUCAUGUCAGAAGAUGAAUUCUUCUUUUUUUUUUUCUUUUUUUUUUUUUUAUAAACCUCCACACCCUUCCCCCAAUAUGCUAUUCUGGGGGGAAACGACAACAAAUUAAGAAAUAGAUCACUUGUUUCUACUGACUCUGCUGAAAGGGAUGUCCAGAUCAACCAAAUAAACAAUGAAAAACAUUUCUGAAGCGUAUUUGGAGAGAAAGGACACAAACCUUCCCGACUCAAACGGUAUUUGUAAAUGGGUUAGUUUAAAAGGCAAACCAGACAAAACUAACGUAACUACUGCGAGAAAAAUGGAAGCUCACAGAACUCAUUUGACCCCUCAGUCUUUCUUCCUGCAGGCGGUGUUGUAUUUAUUUUUUUAUUUUUCAUUCUCUACUUUCUCGUUGCUUUUAAUUUCUCCUCGCCAGCCUUUGUGCCGUCAAUGGAUUUAUUUUUUAAGAUUGUGUUUUUCAUGAUCCAGCAGAAGAUUUUGUAUUUUUGUGUUCAUAAAAUUGAGUCAUGUGCUGUCUGUGUCGGCGUGCAUGUUCAUGUAAGGUUCUGUAAUCUAGUAAAUUGACACCUUCCGUUAAAUAUCA